AUGAAGAUAGGAAAUGAAGAUUUGUUUUGGGGGAAUGCACUCGUAUAAUGCAAGAAAAUAGUGAAAAAAGGGGUAGGAUUAGAUUUAGAUUAGUUUUAUUUCUGGAAAGACGCAAUGUUGAGAGCGGAAAUCCGUUUAGUGUCGUGGUUUGGCGAGCUUGACAAGCUUCCCCCGUUCCUGCUUCUGCUGCAUCGACCUUGGCUUGCUGAGGAUGGCUGGGAAGGCAUGGAGGUCAGCGAUUCUUAAUCUCCUAAGACAGUGGGGUGUAUCGUUCAGCCCCAAGGAUAAAAUCAAGGCAGAGGAAGGCUCAUUGGUGGCUGGAGCUUUCAAGAGAGAGUCUCCAAAACCCCGGAUCUUCACCCGUGGGCUUCAAACUGUAACAUUAAUCCCCGGGGAUGGAAUUGGUCCAGAGAUCUCCUGCGCUGUUAUGAAGAUAUUUGAAGCAGCCAAGGCUCCUAUACAGUGGGAGGAAAGAAAUGUUACAGCCAUCCAAGGACCUGGUGGCAAGUGGAUGAUCCCUCCUGAUGCAAAAGAAUCAAUGGACAGGAACAAAAUUGGCCUGAAAGGACCUUUAAAGACCCCAAUAGCGGCAGGCCAUCCCUCUAUGAACCUGCUGCUCAGAAAAACCUUUGACCUCUAUGCCAAUGUUCGCCCCUGUGUGUCCAUUGAGGGGUACCAGACUCCCUACACUGAUGUGAACCUGGUUACCAUCAGGGAGAACACUGAGGGGGAAUACAGUGGGAUUGAACAUGUGAUUGUUGAUGGAGUUGUUCAGAGUAUUAAGCUCAUUACAGAGGAAGCCAGCCAACGCAUCGCAGAAUAUGCUUUUGAAUAUGCCAGAAACAAUCAGAGGGCCAGUGUGACUGCUGUUCAUAAGGCCAAUAUUAUGCGCAUGUCGGAUGGGCUUUUCCUUCGAAAAUGCAGAGAGGCUGCUGAGAAGCACAAAGACGUGAAAUUCACUGAGAUGUACUUGGAUACUGUUUGUCUUAAUAUGGUACAGGAUCCCACACAGUUUGAUGUUUUAGUGAUGCCAAAUUUGUAUGGAGACAUUUUGAGCGAUCUUUGUGCUGGACUCAUUGGAGGUCUUGGAGUGACACCUAGUGGAAACAUUGGUGCCAAUGGUGUCGCUAUAUUUGAGUCGGUUCAUGGAACUGCUCCAGAUAUAGCUGGAAAAGACAUGGCCAACCCCACUGCUUUGCUGCUCAGUGCUGUCAUGAUGUUGCGACACAUGGGCUUGCAUGGUCACGCCAAGAAGAUUGAAGCUGGCUGCUUUGACACCAUUCGAGACAAAAAGGUUCUGACAAAAGAUCUGGGAGGGAACUCAAAGUGCUCAGAAUUUACAGAAGCGAUAUGUCAGAGGGUGCGGGACAUGGAAUAAAGGGAUGCACAUCAGCCUAUGAAAUAAGUGUUAGAAUUUUAAUGUCUUGACUUCAUCAUGACACAUUUUAUCUGCACAUUUUAAACCAAAAUAUGUAUUUAAAAAGACUCAGGAAUUGGAGAUCCUGAAUGUUUUAUUUUCUCUGCACACUUGAAAGCACUGUCUUAAAAUUGUUGACCUGAAACUAUUGAAAAUGUGACUCACUGUAUUUCAUUCCAAAAAUGUAAUCUUGUUGGAUGUUGUCUUUUUCUGGGCUGGUAAUGGCCUUUGUCUGAUGUAUUUUGCACUGGUAUUUUAUCAUCAAAGGCUUAUUCUAUAAACCACGAGUCCUCACUGCCAAAAAGUCAUACUUUAAAAUGAGAUUUGUGGAUAUAUUUAAGUUUUAGAUGGUUUAAAAAAAACGAUUGGGGCUUUAAUGAUUUCAAGUUAAGCUAUGUGAAAGUUAUAAAGGUUUGUCAGUGGUUUUUUGAUGUCUUACUUUCUUUUGGCUGCACAUGAGUAUAUACUGUAAGGAAAAUAAAUGUUACCAUGACACCAGAAGUUCUGGAGCAUAAAUUCACUGUAAUACAUUUAA